AUGGCACCCUUCACGCCUACCCCUCGCGAAAUCUGUCUCCUCACCGUACUUCUGGUUCUGCUCCUUGUCUUCACUGUGAAUCUGCCACAGGACACACGGACACUCAAAGACAUAGUCAGGCCAUAUACGGUAUACGAGGAUGCCGAUGUUCACGCGGAGCCUCCAACCUUCGAGAAGCAGUUGACGUUGCAGACACUCAAUUUGCCGCUGCGAUGGGACACAGGCCCAGUACCUCAGACAAAGAUAGUCGCUCAUGCACCCGGAUGGUCGAUAAUUGAUCGACUUUACAUGUUGAACGGUACAGUCUACAUUGUGUCCGAUGAGCCGGAAACAAUACCCGACUGUCGACGCAUCGCUUCGACUGCCGUAUUCAUCGAAAAUGGUCCAAUAGCCGAGACUGAGCGCAUUCCGACCGACAAGGACAUGCGCGUAAUUAACACAGAGGAAGCUAAGCGGUUGUUCGGUACAGAUGCGACACGAUUGGAUGGCGUGACGUGGUAUGCCAAUGACCCAAAACAAUUCAUCACCCAUUAUUACCACUGGUCUGCCGAGCUCUUCUUCGUGGCGAAACGACACUUCCACCCCAAGAAGGAUGAUUUCCCUCACCUGGACGCAAACAACUGGAGAGACUACGCCGCAAUGAAUCAAUGGGUCCUGCGCGCGUCCUUCCCCUCGAUCUCGACAGAAUUCAUGAACGACUUCAAGGAACGCGCUGACACGGGUCGCGUGUUCGUCUUCGACCGUGUGGUAUUUGCCGACCGUGCUGCCGCGAUGCACGGCGAGAAUUUCCUCCGGACCCAGCGUACGGCUGCGAACGCCUUUGCUCUUCCUGGGAGUGUCAAUUGGUGGAGUACCAUCCGGAACAACGUCGUCGGAUUCGCUGGUCUCGGGGAGAGCGGCGGAGCGGAGUCUGUUCAGGGCGUCGACAGCGUCCCGGUUAUCACCUACAUCUCCCGACAAGACUGGGGACGUCGUAUGUUGGUCCCUGAAGAUCACGAUCGCCUCGUCCGCGAGUUGUACAAUCUGAGGGACACGUACGGGUACGAGGUUAAUGUCGUGAGCAUGGACCGCCUGUCGCGCAUCGAGCAAUUUCAGCUUGCCGGUCGAACGACGAUCAUGAUGGGUGUCCAUGGCAAUGGUCUCACCUCACUGCUGUGGAUGCGCCCGACUCCCCGUUCAACUGUCAUGGAGUUCUUCUAUCCCGAAGGUUUCGCACACGAUUAUGAGUACACAACUCGUGCUCUUGGGAUGGUUCACUUCGGUUUCUGGAACGACAGGGCAUUCACACGUCCCGACGUCCCUCCGGUCAACUACCCCGAGGGCUUCCAGGGCAACUCAAUACCUAUUGACGGUGCUGCAGUCGCACGGCUGUGUCAUCAGCGACUGACGCUGUCAGAUGAAGCCGACGACUAG